ACGACCAUUAUCCAUAGAGCAAAGUCUAUAACUUCUAAGGUUCAUUUUCAUUCUUUUUUCUUUUUUUCAAUCGCCGCCAUUUAUCGAGACUCGUCUUUGUCUGAAUUCUGUAUCUAUAAAAAUAAGAAAUAAGUUGAUAAAACUAUUCUGUAACUAGAAUUUUAAACUGAUACUGAUCAUGGAUGACGAAUGGGAUGACUCUUGUGAUGUUGUGGUGCAGCCUCCCCCAGCACACAACAAUUACGGCAAUGACAGUGAAGGACACAAUUUUACAAGGGGCAGAGGAUUUACAUCCCUGGUUGAAGACAAUGAUGAUUUUAACAAAGACUGCAGCAAUGGGUACGGUGAUCGACGCGGAGGUCGCGGUGGAGGGCGAGGUGGUGGAAGAGGCAGAGGGGGCCGCGGGGGACGUGGUGGCGGUGGAAGAGAUAGAGGUGACUAUGAGAACGGAGGGGAUAAUUAUGAUAGCGGCGACAGAGGUGACAGGGGAGGCGAGCGAGGUAGAGGCAGAGGUCGUGGACGAGGAGGGCGGGGUGGGUCGAGGCCUAAUGGUGGCGGCAGCGACGACGGCGGAGAAAAGCAAGAGGGGGGUGAAGGGGAAGAAGAAAAGAAGGCACCAGUGACAUAUGUGCCUCCAGAACCCACUGAGAAUGAAGAAGAAAUCUUCAGCAGCACUAUCAGUUCUGGGAUCAAUUUUGAUAAAUUUGAUUGUAUUGCUGUGAAGGUAACUGGUGAAAAUCCACCUCGUGCCAUUGAAAGCUUUCAAUCUGCAAACCUGCGAAAGUACGUUGUGGACAACAUCCUCAAGUCUGGCUACAAGAAGCCUACGCCUAUACAGAAGCAUGCCAUCCCCAUCAUUAUGGGCGGCCGGGACUUGAUGGGAUGUGCUCAAACUGGAUCUGGAAAAACAGCCGCCUUCCUUCUGCCUAUAAUCAAUGUGCUGUUACAAGAUUCUCGUGAACUAGUAGUUGGUCCCAAUGGCUGUGCACAGCCUCAGGUUGUUAUUGUAUCGCCUACAAGGGAAUUGACAUUGCAAAUAUUCAAUGAAGCCAGGAAGUUUUCUUUUGGAUCAGUUCUAAAGAUUGCGGUGGCAUAUGGGGGUACAGCUGUUCGCCAUCAAGGGGACAGUAUCGCUAGGGGCUGUCACAUACUGGUUGCGACGCCAGGUCGCCUACACGACUUCGUUGACCGUAGUCGAGUUUCAUUUGAGAGUAUCCGGUUUGUGGUCCUGGACGAAGCUGAUCGUAUGUUAGAUAUGGGUUUUAUGCCCAGUGUUGAGAAAAUGAUGGAGCAUACUACUAUGGUUUCUCUUACUGAACGCCAAACCUUGAUGUUUUCGGCAACAUUCCCAGAGGAUAUUCAACAUUUGGCCGGCCGUUUCCUCAACAAUUACUUAUUCGUGGCGGUGGGCGUCGUGGGCGGGGCCAGCACUGACGUUGAACAAAUCUUUCACCAGGUCACUAAGUAUGAAAAGCAAACCACCCUGCAGAACCUCAUUGAGGAGUAUGAUGGAAAACGUAUUCUCGUAUUUGUGGAAACGAAACGCAACGCGGACUUCAUCGCGGCCAUGCUAUCUCAGAAGCAAAUGCUGACAUCUUCAAUCCACGGCGACCGUAUGCAGAAAGAGCGCGAAGAAGCAUUACAUAAUUUUAAGAGUGGAAAACAUUGCAUACUUGUAGCGACUGCAGUGGCAGCUAGAGGAUUAGAUAUCAAGAAUGUAGAUGUUGUGGUGAACUAUGACUUGCCAAAGAGCAUAGACGAAUACGUGCAUAGAAUCGGAAGAACAGGGCGCGUCGGUAACAGAGGAAUAGCUGUAUCAUUCUAUGAUGGGGAUCAAGAUGCAGGGUUGGUAGCAGAUCUGGCUAAGAUCUUACGGCAGGCGGAGCAGACGGUGCCCGAUUUCCUAGAAGGCGGCGGAACUGCCACGUAUAAGGGCAACAAAUAUGGUGGCAGCGAUAUUAGAAAUUUCAACAAUGCAACUGCAGCAGUUGACCAAGGCCAGGAGCCCGAUGAAGAAUGGUAAACGUGGUAUGUCGGACAUCUUGGUAAUCACAAAUGACCCCAGUGUAUGUGCGAUUAAUGUGCAACUAUUGGUGCGUGUAAAUAUCAUUGGUGCUUGCGGACUGACUGACUUGUGGUGCAUUUUUAAAACUUGAGAAGUGACAAUAAAAAUGUUUUGUGAGACUAAUGCCGUGAGCUACUUGUAACAAUCUCGAUAACGAUUGUUCAGUUAGCAAAAAGUAUUUGCUAUGAUCAACCAUAUAGAGAUCUGCUCAUAGAAAAUAAUACUUUGAGACUGAAGGGGGUUACAAGUCUGCCUGGUUCAUAAACCUCCUUGUGUCAAGGUAGAUGCAUAUUGUUAAUAAUUAUGUUUUAUAACAACAACAAAGUUUACACAGAUGACAGUUGCGUCAAAUUCUUUUGAGAAGUCUUGGUGCCUUAUAAAUUUAUAUAUGUAUGUAUAUGAGAAUUUUGUAAUAUUUAUAUUUUGAUUAUAAACUGCUUUACUAGAAGCCUCGUCAUUGCUCAUAAAAAAAAUACAGAAUAAACAAAACCACUAAUCUAACCACUACUUCUAACCACAAAUUCUGAAUGCUGAUUUACACCUGUAUUACUGGUAAAAAGUGUACUGUAUUGCAUAAUAAAUACGACUUGCUACAACAUGCAUACAACUGCUGCUAUACAAAUAAAUAAAAGCACUUUGACUCGACAUUAAUAGUUGUGUCGAAACUCGUUAGUCAUUAUCAUAAAAAGUCAGUAUUUUUUUGAACUAGUCAGAUUAAAUUAUGUUGGAUACCUGUUUUACUAUGGAACCAAUUUUAUUUUUCUUUGCUCCCCUUGCAUGGGGGCUAGCGUUAGUGCUACCCCACCUCGUGGUUAGUUAUGGUUGAUUAUGCAGGCUGACCUGUUAGGGGUACGGCUAUUAAAGCGAUAUAGUAUCGGAACGCCUAAUGGCUUUGCGGACUUUCAGUCGUAGAUAGCCACGGCCGUAGCCUCUGACCAGAUCAGAGAUUCUUUCUAUAAUUCACAAAUUAUAGAAAGAAAUAGGCUAUAAAGCUUUUGUUAAAAGGUUUGCGAUAAUUCAUAUCGUCGCCUAGCUAACGUGAAAUUACCUUAGUCUUCAAGACAUUAAAACACUUAAAUAAUUAUUCACAGAUCAAGUAGGUUAAAAACCCUCAAUAUUGCUAAGAUAACCACGCAUUUUUAACAUUUUUGGUUUAUCGUGUAAUGUAUGUUGAUGAGAGCUGUUUAUUUUGAAUCCAUAUUGAAUCAUAACUAUGCUGAUUUGACUUAUAUCGACGAAAUAUAAUGCACGCUAAUCUCAGAUCAGUGGCGUGGCAUAAAUUACUAAAAAUACGUUAAUUAUUUCAUUUUCGUUACUUACUUAAAAAGAUAAAAGAAAGUCUUAUCUGACCUAGUCCGCAUCAUAACGCAUAAUAUUAAAAAUAUGUUUCUACCUUUGUGUCAAAUGUUUUAUCCCUAAGCCUUUAGAAGACUGUUUCACUGUGACAAGUAUUGUAGAGUUAAGAACUAACUGUUAGAUUUAAUUUGCUAACAUCCGACUAUCCUUUGCACAAGACCAUUGAUUUAAACAAACCAUUUGGUUGUACUUAUUUCAAAAUAAUUAGUUAUAACGUUUCUUUCAUUUUUUAUUUUUAACUUUUUUUUAAGAGUGUUGAUUUAAGUUUUCUUUAAUAAUUUUAUAAUUUGUUGCAUUCAAAUUUGAGAAAGCUAAAGUAGUGUGUGUUAACUUGUAAGAAUCUGUGAUGUUUAAUGUUAGAAGUUGCUCAGUUUAAAUUUUAACAUAGUUACACAUAUUAUGUUAAGUCUAUUUCUAUUUACUUUUGAUUUUAUUAGCAAUUUACAACUUGUAUUUGCUUUAUCUUUUGUUAGGUAAGUAAAAUUUUUACAUCACCUUAGUUGAUAGUGAAUCUCUUUCAAUUUACUUUUAUAGGAAACCUUUUUAGGUGUAUUGUUUAAAAAAAAAAAAAGCAAAUGCCAGUAAAAUUUUUAUCUCACUUGUAUUAUACACCAGACUCCUUUGUUCAUAAAAUAAUAUCAACUAUUUUUACUAUAUAUGGUCUCUUUAGGCAUUUCACAUAGGUACAUGCUACUGUCUGUAGGUUUAAUAUUCUCAAGAUUGUAUUCAUACGCUUCUAAAUAAAUGUAUCUCAUUAGUUUAGUAAUAUUGCUUUAUUAUACUCUAUAAUAUAUUUGAUAUAUAAAAAUUAAUAUUUGACCUAAUAUUGAUAAUAAAAUUAAAUAUUUUGUCUUGAUAAACUAAUGAGAUUAAUCUUUUUGAAAGUGUGUAAAUAUAAUCGUUAUUCGAAAAUAAAUUUAAAGUACAUUGGACGUCAUGACAUUUUUGUGAAAUAUUAUCAGCUUUCAUAUAUAAAGUCAUAAGUCUUCAGAACAUUAUAUAUUAUAUUAUUACAUAUAUAUAAAUACCCAUUAUUUUAUAUCAUAAUGUACAAAUUAACCAGAAAACCAUAUUUACGUCUAUUGAAAAACUGUGAUGAUUAUUAUUAUUAAGUAGAAUAGUUGCUUUUUUAUUGCGCAUCGCCAUGGGCGUAUGUAAUAUUGUUUAAUUGCAUUUACUAAAAAUGGCGGACUUUUCCACAUGAAAAGUAGUAUCCUAAUCCGAAUGCAGGGUAUGUCAUUAUUGUCACAACAAACAAACAAGAGAAAUCCUUUAUGGACUCCAAUCAGUACAAAAGGGAGGGGAUGUGUAACUAUGUAUUACAAUACGUUAUUAUGACUUAAGACAAAAUUUAGUUUGUAAUGCGCUUGUUUCCGUUUGCGACGAAAUACGAAUAAAUAACAAAACUUUAAAUGUG